GUACACACAGAAGCUAUUGCAGGCAGCAGCCAAGGCAGAAAUAGCUUCCAGGCGAUUCAGUGGAGCUUCCCGAACUGCAGUCCCGGCAGGCGCUGGGCCUCGGGUGUCCUGAUCCCCAUAGCUGCCAGGGCACCGCUGGCACCGGAAUCCACUGGGCCCAAACUGUGCGGUGAGCCCAGGGCGGAGGCCACCCAAGCCGGGGCUUCAUUAGGGUUCCAAGAGCGAGCCCAAGAUGCGAGCUGACACUGGCCUCUGCGUGGCCCGGGGGUCCCUGGCGGCCUGGCUGCUGGGUGGCCUCUGGAUCUGGACGCUCGGCGGCCUUGGCCAGCUGGGGGCGGCAUGGCCUGGAGCCGGGGGCUCCCCAGGAGUGCCGCAGCCUUGUCAGGCGCCACAGCAGUGGGAGGGGCGCCAGGUGCUGUACAUGCAGAGCAGCGGCCGCAACAACCGUGCGCUGGUCUCCUACGAUGCGCUCAACCAGCGGGUCAGGGUGCUGGACGAGAGGAAGGCGCUCAUCCCCUGCAAGAGAUUAUUUGAAUACAUUCUCCUCUAUAAGGAUGGGGUGAUGUUUCAGAUUGAACAAGCUACCAAGCAAUGCUCAAAGAUUGCCUUGACCAACCCCUGGGAUCCUCUUGACAUUCCGCAGAACUCCACCUUUGAAGAUCAGUAUUCCAUAGGCGGACCCCAGGAGCAGAUAAUGGUCCAAGAGUGGUCGAAUCGGAAAUCAGCAAGAGCAUAUGAAACCUGGAUUGGCAUUUAUACUGCCAAGGAUUGUUACCCUGUGCAGGAAACCUUUACCCAAAACUACAGUGUGAUAUUGUCCACGAGAUUCUUCGACAUACAGCUGGGAAUUAAAGAUCCGACCAUAUUUACGCCACCAAGCACCUGCCAGACGGCCCAGCCAGAGAGGAUGAGUGAGGACUGCUCCCCGUGACUGGUGCUCACAGAAGCAACAGCAUCAGGGGCACCCAUGGUGAUCUGAGCCGGACAGUGAUCUGAGACUUGAGGAGAUGUGGAUCAUCACUGGAAAGAAAUAAGAAUAAUUUUAGGGGGUUGGAUAUUUUAGGGUUCUUGUAUGUAUGAUUUUGACUACUCCAACUCUACUACAAAAUGAAAUUGGUGAACCUAUACUAGUAUGUAGUGAGUAAAUUGUUGGUAUAGAUACUUUUGAUGUAUGGAAAGCCAAUGCAUUUUGUUUUAUAUGCGUGUGCAGGUAUAUAGUAAAAGCAAUGAUAUUCAAAAGGAGUGAAAGAUCAUGGUGUCUUACUACGAAGGGGUUUUCCAUUAUCAGAAUUGCUGAGAACUGGUGGCAUAUGAUGAUAAUAAAAGCAUAAUUCUCCAGUUUUUAUGUUAAAAUUCUUUACAGGUAGACACACAAAAUGAACAUGUUGCCGACAAGGCAAUUCGAACUCAAGGCAACCCCAGGUGUGUCAGAGGAGACUCCUCAGAGGGCAAAGUCUUAGGGAAUGAUUCCUUUGUUGAACGCAGAUCUCCAGCCCUUUCUCCUGCAAUUCCUCUAGUUGGCCUCAUACCUCCAUCUUUUAGCGUCUAGACUCAUUAACGCUUGAUUAACCAUGCUACA